AUGGGAGUGCUUUUUUCAGCUAGAUCUCGUAUUUAUUUUCUAGGUUCUGUUCGAGAAAAUGAAUUAUAUGAACCCAUAGAAGAUCAUACUAAACGUCAAACAAUGGUAUUCUCAUCUUAUAAACAAUUACUUAAUUUUGUUGAUGAUUGUAAAGAUACUAUUUGGUUUGUUCAUCUUAUACCUAAUGAACAAUAUCGUGAAUCAUUAAUAAAAGUUUCUUCGAAUGAUUGGCAACGAAUUGAACGUCGUCUGUCAAUAUUUAAUAUUCAAACAGGAAUAUUAAAUUGUUCAAAUAAUGAUUAUUCGAAAAUCUGUCAAACAUUACAUAAUGAACGAUUCUUUUUAUUUAUUCCAUCAAUAAAUCGACGUUUAUCUCAUAUAUAUUCCUAUGAAAUAUCUUUUAUAAAUCAUGAUUAUCAAUAUAUAUUAAAAUGGUUAAGUAAAACAUUAGAAAAUCAUGUAAAUAAAAAUUUUGAAUGGUAUGAAUUAUCGAAAGAAAAACAAUCCAUAUUAGAAAUUCAAAUAAAUCUCAAUUCAUAUACAUUAAAUUUACCAAUCUAUUAUUUUACAUUAUUAUAUCGUUAUGGUUCAAAUAUAAAUUUUCAUUUAAAUUUUCAUGAAAAUAAAAAUUUUCAAAUUAAAUUUUCAUUUCAUAAUUCAACAACAAAUACAUAUAUUUAUAAUGAUAUAAAUAAUUCAUAUAAUUAUCAUGAAUUAUAUUCAUUUCGUUCAUUAAAUAUAUUUCUAUCAUGUUUAACAAUAAAUUGUCAAACAUUAAUCUAUAUAUAUUUUAUUAUAUUAAAUAUCUAUUUUCUUUAUGAUAUUUAUUUAGUUCAAUCAUUAUCUUUAUUAAAAAAGAUUUUAAUGAUUAAUAUUAUAUCAGGUUUUCUUUGGUCAUUAUGUUUAACUUGUAUAUCAACAAAAAAUAUCGAUGAUGCUUUACAAAUGAUAUCAUUUUAUCUAAUAAAAUAUUCACAGAAUUCGAAAAUUUUGAUGUUUAUUAGAAAUGAUUUAUAUAUUUAUUCGAUAAUGUCAAAAUGGAUUUUCUAUCCAAUUUUAAUUAUAUUACAUAUUGGAAUUGGCUUAUGUUUUAGAUGGUAUUUAAAGGAAAAAUUUGGAAGAAUGACAAACGAUAUACCAAAUGAUGUUAUAAUGAUUGAUCAAACCCAUGC